GUAGCACAGGAAGAUACAAUGGCUGAUUCCAAGAUUGUCGGGAUAGAGUAUAACAGAGUGACCAACGUCUCUUCGACCGAUUUCCCUGGUCACACCUCGAAUGGAGACUACUCUUGGGACAUUGAAAAAUUUAAAGAUGGAUUUGAUAUUAAUAUUUCCACCAUCUCUGAAAGAACUGCCAAUUUUGAUUUGGUAGGUAUUGACACAUCUAUUGCCAAUGCGUUUCGUCGUAUAAUGAUUGCGGAUGUUCCAUCGGUUGCUGCUGAGACCAUUUAUGUUUUUAAUAAUACCUCAGUUAUACAGGAUGAAGUAUUAGCUCAUAGAAUAGGUUUAAUUCCAUUAAAAGUUGAUCCUGAUUUAUUAACUUGGGUUGAUACUAAAGAGAACGAAGAAAACCGUUUCACUGAUGAAAACACUAUUGUCAUGUCAUUAGAUAUCAGUUGUACUAAAAACCCGCAUGCACCAGAAGGUUCAACUGAUCCAAAAGAAUUAUAUAGAAAUUCAAAUGUUUAUGCUAAAGAUUUGAAAUUUGAACCUCAAGGACGUCAAACCGAAUUAUUUAAAAAUAGCCCAGUUGUACCAGCUGAUCCAGAUAUUUUAUUAGCCAAAUUGAGACCAGGUCAAGAAAUUUCUUUAAGAGCACAUUGUAUCUUGGGUGUUGGUAAUGAUCAUGCUAAGUUUUCACCAGUGGCAACUGCCUCUUAUAGAUUAAUGCCAGUUAUUGACAUCCGUGAACCAAUUACUGGUGAAUUAGCUAAAAAAUUUCAAAAAUGUUUCCCACCAGGAGUUAUCGGAAUUGAAAAUGGUGAAGCAAAAGUCGAAGAUGCAAGAAAAGACACUGUUUCAAGGGAAGUCUUGAGACAUGCAGAAUUUGACGGUAAAGUCAAAUUGGGUAGAAAAAGAGAUCAUUUCAUUUUCAAUGUUGAAUCUACUGGAGCCAUGGCACCAGAAGAAAUUUUUGUUAAAUCAAUUAGAGUUUUAAAACAUAAGGCCGAUUACUUAAGACAAUGUCCAAUAGGUCAGUAAGACUACUCCUUCUUUUCAAGAUACUUGUAUAAUACUAUUUCCUCUAUUUCAUUUUAAUAAAUAUACUGCA